GUCAAACCCUAAGCCAUUCUACUUCCUUCCCGUGCUUUCGAGAAGGGACGAUCGGGUCUGUGUUCUCGAGCUCUGCUGUCAUUUGGCGCAGCUAUAAAAGGAGGCUUUGAUUUCGGUUCCGAGGAAGUAUUUUGAUUUCAUUUGUGCGAGAUCGUACUGAGAUUUUGUGCUUUGCUUCUGUUUCCUGCAUCGAGAGGAGGAAUCAUGGCGGGCGACGGCGUGAAGUGGGAUGGAUUGCUUAAAUGGAGCCUCUCGCACGCGGAUGGGACGCGCCCUGCUCGAAACUUGAGUGAGGAGGAUAGGAAGUGGUUCAUGGAAGCCAUGCAAGCGCAGACAGUCGACGUAGUUAAAAGGAUGAAAGAAAUCACCCUUGUCAUGAAAACCCCGGGGGAUGUUCUAGAUGCGCAAGGCAUCAAGCCGUGUGAUAUAGUAGAUAUGUUGGAUGAGCUUCAAGAGCAUGUUGAAUCUAUUGAUAUGGCAAAUGACCUCCACUCCAUCGGUGGCUUAGUCCCUCUGCUUGGUUACCUUAAAAACUCUGAUGCUAGUAUUCGGGCAAAGGCUGCAGAUGUUGUAACUACCAUUGUGCAGAACAAUCCUCGCAGUCAGCAACUUGUAAUGGAAGCCAGUGGUCUUGAACCUCUCCUGUCAAAUUUUGUUUCAGAUCCUGAUAUAACUGUUCGCACAAAAGCCCUUGGUGCAAUAUCUUCUUUGAUUCGGAACAACAAGGAAGGAAUUAAUGCAUUCCGAAUAGCAAAUGGUUAUGCUGGGCUCAGAAAUGCACUAGGUUCAGAGAAUAUCAGAUUUCAAAGGAAAGCGCUCAACUUGAUCAACUACCUUCUUCGGGAGAACAAUGCAGAUUGCAGUGUUGUUUCAGAACUCGGAUUUCCACGGCUAAUGAUGCACCUAGCCUCCAGCAAUGACUCGGAUGUGCGAGAAGCUGCGCUGGGAGGCCUGCUAGAGCUGGCUCGGGAUAGGACCUCAGGUAGCAGCACUGCCUUUGCCGAAGAAGACAAGCUCCGGGAAGUCCUCCAGGACCGUAUCCAAAGCAUCAGUUCAAUGUCAGCUGAAGAUCUAGGGGCAGCCAGGGAGGAGAGGCAUCUCGUCAAUUCUCUUUGGAAUACAUGCUACAAUGAACCGUCAUCUCUCCGGGACAAGGGCCUUCUAGUACUUCCAGGAGAAGAUGCACUCGAGCUUCCACCUGAUGUUGCCAGCAAAGUCUUUGAGCCUCCACUUCGUGCUUGGGCAGCUGAUAGACCGCAGUCAAGUUCAGUUGAUGAUAAGAAGAAGGCAGCGAGUCCACUGCUGCUAGGCCCUGGGCCUGCAGAUAGUUCGCACCAAGAGCAAUGAAAUCUGUGGCGGACUGAUCCACUUAGUGCUGUUUCCCUAGUUACUUUUAAUUAACGUUUCAGUCAAUCAUCAUGGUGUUUUAGAAGUUAAUGUUUCUCUUAUAAACUAUGCACAAUGAUGUUUCUCGAGCUUACAUAAGCUUUUGCCUGUCCUUCCUCUUUAUCAAUGUAUGUUACAUCAUUUCCACUUGCA